AGCUCUGCCGGAGGACUGUGGGUCCACGGCACGCCGAUGGCUAGCAGCCUAGCAACAGAGAACCACAAACCAACAGCUAGCUCUGUCUGCUCCAUUGUCAACAACUGCACCGAGAUCACAGCAGGCCCCGCCCCGCUAGUUUGCAGACCAUCAAAACACUGGUAAAAAAUGAGCGAGGCACAGGAGGACAAUACCGGAGAGAAUGAAGAUUUACUUCCAUGAAGAAAAGCAACAUCUGCCAUCUGGAACUAUUUUGGAUACAAAAAGCUUGAUGUUGACCAAACAAAGGUACUUUGUAGACAGUGCCAUGCAAUUGUAUAAAGACAUCACAGAUGCCAUAACAUUUCACCUGGCAAAAGACAUGGUACCAAUUUACACCGUUACCAAAGAGGGUUUUAAGAAAAUGAUCCACUCACUUGAUAAGCGGUACGUAAUACCGUCACGCACCUAUUUUUCUCAAGUCGCCAUCCCCGACCUGUACGAGAAAUGCAGGGCAAAAGUUGAAACAGAGCUGUCUAAAGUGGAAUACUAUGCUGUUACAACGGACUUGUGGUCCAGCCGGACAACGGAGCCGUACAUAAGCCUGACGGUGCACUUUAUUGAUGAGGACUUCACACUGAAAAGUCGCUGUUUGCAAACGGCAUUUUUCCCAGAAAAUCACACAAGUGAGAACAUCGCAGCGGGGCUGAGAGAAGCGGUGGCUGCUUGGAGCCUGGAUGAGACACGUCAAGUCUGUAUAACAACAGACAAUGCUGCAAAUAUGGUGAAGGCUGCCUCCCUGAACGAGUGGACCAGGCUGCAGUGCUUUGGCCACAGACUUCAUCUUGCAGUUGAAAAUGCAGUGAAAAAGGAUGGCCGCAUCAACCGUACUGCGGGUGUGUGCAAGAAGCUGGUGGGUCACUUCUCUCACAGCUGGAAGGCCAGAAGUGCUCUUGAAAAAGCCCAGAAGGAACUCAAUCUGCCAUCACAUUCCCUCAUAACAGAAUGCCAAACAAGAUGGGGUUCCAGGCAGAUGAUGAUCAGCAGGAUACUGGAGCAGCAGAAAGCUUUAAGUCAGGUCCUGUCUGUGGACAAGAAGCUGCGGCAUCUAAUUCCAAACUGGCAAGAUAUAGAUGUCCUGGAAUCUGUCAGCAAGUCCCUGGGCCCAUUGCUGGAGUUCACAGACGCACUUUCAGGGGAAGACUACGUUAGUGUCUCCUAUGUGAAGCCAGUUCUUCAUCUCUUCAACUCGUCAAUGCUGCUAAUGCGAGAAGAAGACACAGACCUGAGCAAGAAGUUGAAGAAAGAGAUGAGGGAUUACCUGAAUGAGAAAUAUGAAGAUGAAGCUGCUAGAUAUGGCAUCUUGUUUGGACCCCCGGUUCAAGAUGGACUUCAUCACUGCAGACAGCAAGCCCCAAGUCAAGGCCAGAGUGACAUCGGAGAUGAUGACGACAAUCAUGACAUGCCAGGAGACUGCAGCUGCAAGCUGCAGCACUGAAAUGGAGUGCGAAGUGGCUGGCACGUCCCAGGCAAAGAAAGGCAAGAGGUCUUUAGGAAGUUUCUUUAAACAGAGCGAAGCUGCAGCAAAGGCUGAUUCGUCUCAGUACCUAAAGGAUGCUGUGGAAGCAGAGUUAAACAGCUACCUGCUAACACCUUCAAUAGACAAAGAGGAAGAUCCACUUGCAUGGUGGAAAACGCACAAAGUAAUCUUUCCACAACUCGCCAAGCUUGCCCGCAAGUAC